UAAAAUGAGUGAAAUUUAGAAGAAUUCGAACCAAUAAGUUGCUCAAAAUUUAGGACUCUUUUGAGAGCAUUGGCAAGCAUUUCUAGAGGAUCCAUAGCUUGCUUAAAUCUUAACUCAUCAAAAAUAGUUGCUUAAUAUGUUCUAGAUGCUUUCAACAAAUUCAAUGGCGAAAAAAACGCUCAAUUUUUCAGUGGACCCUGGAAGUGCGGGGAUAGAAGACCUUGUUUCCUCAGCAUUGGAGAUGAAGCAAAGCAGGAUGAGCUCUCUCAUCAGGAGCGGUUCCCAGCAUAUUUCUCCUACAAAAUAAAGAUAUUCAAAAGCAUGCCAAGAAGAUUCAAGUGAAGAUGGUAGCUGAGGAGACUAGGAGAGCUCUUGAUCUUGCUCGGUACAAGGAUGCCAAUGCUCUCACCGGUGAUGAUUACCAAAUCAGAAAGGCAGUUAUUAAUGAAAAACUUCAAAGACUGAUCGAGAAAGCUGAAAACGGGGAUAGUGAAGACCUUGAUCGGUAUGUAGCAGAGCUACAGGACGAUGCACUCGCUGAGCAAGUUAAGGUGCAGAUUGGCAAGCCUAAGGUUCGUAGCUCUGAAGAGGAGAUUAACUCCAUUGAAAUGGCCAAAAACAUGGUCAAAAAGCUAACCCAAGAACGUCGAGAGCGAAAACAAAAACUCCGUCAACGAAAAUUAGAACAAAAAGCCAGAGCGGACAAAAUGAAGGAAGAGAAGGAGAAACUCCUAAAACAGCAGGAAGAAGAAGAGAAAGCUCUUUUUGAAGAGAAGAAGAAGAGCAUUGUUGAUAAGAUAAAAUCACGAAGAGAGAAGAUACAGAAGUUUAAACAGGAUGAUAGGAAGGAAAUCCAGAAGUAUGUUAGUAGGUCACCCUUGCAUAAGAAGAUCACCACUGAGUUCCAAGAGGGAAGAUUGAUCCCUGAGUUAGAAAGGAGGAAGGAGAUCCUCUCACAUAUUCGUAACUUUCAUCAGCCUAUUAGACUAGAGCAGAUUAAGAAGCAUUCUGAGGAUAAGAAGGUGCUGAUGAAGGAGAAAAUGAGGGAAUAUUUUCAGAAAUAGAGCUAGUUAUGUUGAAGCAGCUAAGGAUCAUACCGAUAAAUACAAUUCUAAGUUCUGGAAAGUUGUUAGUACAAGAGAACAAACUGAGAAAAACAUGGCUGCCAAGGAAAAAUCUCAGAUCAAGGAGAGACACCAGAAGUCACUGGAUUACGCUAAGAAUGUGAAGGAGCUCUACAAGCCAACAGUCAGUAAGAAGAAGAAAUUGGAGAUGGAGCUGAUUAAGAAAAGUCUAGAAAAUCCUCACUCUAUGACAAAGACCAGGAAAGGUCUCCAGUCUGUAAAACAGAGUCAAAAUAGCAGUAUGAUGUCUCCGAUGAGCCAUAAGUUGAAUACUGAAGCGUCAAGUCCGUUGAGGAAGAGCCGUAAGAAGUUUUCUAGAGCUAAGCCUAUUGAUGAGAAGAGGUAUUCAUACCACCCACAACCUUAUGACAAAACCUCUUUUGUCAAGCAUGACUACUUAAGAGAUAUCAGACUUAAGAAGGACGACCAAACCAAUUCAAGACAAAAUAGGAGCCAAGAAAGAUGGGAAAGCGACCUGUUGAGCAACCAGUUCACCCAGGAUGAAAGAAUCGAGUACAUUAAGCAGAAGACAUCUCUGAUGGAAGAGGAAAUGAAAAGAAAAGAGGCCCUUCUUAAAGCUCAUAAUAAUACAACAGUGGAUGAUACGAAAGAGAUUGACGGAAUGUUGAUCGACUCUAUCAGGACCAAACUCAAUUUGAUCAGCGGGAUAAGCUAAGGUCAUUCGUUAUUC